AUGAGUAAAUUCUCUCGCUUGGCUACAGCUGCGCCGGCAGCAGCAUCAGGUACUACGCCAUAUCCCCAAGCGCAACAACCCUACUCUUCGCAACCUCCAACGAGCCCAUACCCGCAACAAGCAUCUUCACCUUACAAUCAACCAGUAGUACCACCGCGACCGAGCGCUUCACCUCAACCAUAUCAACAGCCAUCAUGGCAAGCGCCGCCACCGCAGCAACAACCACAAUAUGGGCAGCAACUCGGCGUGCCGCAACAGGGAGGGUAUCAGUCUCCGCAGCCACAAGCCGCAUACACCUCAUAUCAAUCACAAUACCAGCCGCCUAACCAGUAUGGCCAGCCACCGUAUCAGCAGCAGCAACCGCCCAGCAGUGGAUAUGGAUAUGGCGGUCCUCCAGGUCAAGGUCAAGGCCAGUCCCCCUAUCCCGGCGUUCCACAAGGCGGUCCCCAAGGCGGUCCCCAAGGCGGUCCCCAAGGCGGCGCACCUCAACAAUAUGGCGGCCAACCCUCUUACGGCGGCGGAGCUCCUGCGGCACCAGUGGGCAAUGCAGGCGCAUACAAACAGCUUCUCCAAGGCACAAUUCAAGAGAAAGGACUCCAGAAUUUCUACCCACCAGGCCAUCCAUUGCUGGACCAGAUAGCCAACCGAGCUGGCCAACAAGUCGCAUCACUCGCUCAAACAUGGCGCAUCAAUCCUGAGAUCGCGUCUGAUAUUGUCAAGCUUGCCUUGUACGAUGUGAUCCUUUAUAUCGACGACAGCGGAAGCAUGCAAUUCGAGGAGAAUGGCGAGCGUAUCGAUGAUCUCAAGCUGAUAUUGUCACGAGUCGCCCAUGCAACCUCUCUGUUUGACGAGGACGGCAUCCAAGUCCGCUUCAUGAACUCGCCGGAACAAGGUAACAACAUUCGCAGCGAGCAGCAAGUAAACGACAUGGUUGCCCGCACCCGGUUCUCUGGCUUGACACCCAUGGGACGAGAAUUGCAAAACAAGAUCCUUGGUCCCUUGGUUCUCGGGGCUGCUCGUAGUGGUGCCCUGCGGAAACCCGUGCUGGUCAUCACCAUCACGGAUGGACAGCCAACCGGUGAGAGCUCUGGCGACGUUGCCAAGAUCAUUAGAAACGCGUCGGACGAGUUGUCAAGGAACCCUCGUUAUGGGAAGGGCGCAGUGGCAUUCCAAUUCGCGCAAGUCGGCAAUGACCUCAAGGCCCGGGAGUUCUUGAGCAAGUUGGACGAGGAGCCGUCGAUCGGAGACAUUAUUGACUGCACAUCCAACUACGAAGUCGAGGCCGACGAGAUGUCUCGCGCCAACCCGCCAGUCAACCUCACGCCUGAAUUGUGGCUGAUCAAACUGCUCUUGGGAGCCAUCGAUUCAUCAUACGACACCAAGGACGAGAAGAGCAGUGCUCCGCGACCUCCGCAAGGAGGAUAUGGCGGUCCACCUCCCCAGCAAGGCGGAUAUCCACCGCAAGGUGGCUACGGUGGUGGUCCUCCUCAACAAGGUGGUUACGGUCAACAACAGGGUGGCUAUGGUCAACAGCAGGGCGGGUAUAACAGACCACCUCCUCCACCACAGCAAGGCGGUUAUGGACAGCAGCAGGGUGGUUAUCCAGGACAACAGGGAGGCUACGGAGCACCUCCUCCACCA